AUGACAAAACAAAUAAUAACAGUAACACAAGCAUUUAGUAAACAAGGUUUAGGAGUUGUUUAUGCAUUACUGGAUAGUGGAAAAUUUAAAGUUAGAACUACUACUAGUAGAAAGGAUACAGAGGAAGGAGAGGCAUUGAAAAAGAAAUAUGGUGACAAUGUAGAGGUAUUGGUAAUUCAAAAUACUAAGCAAGAUUAUUUAAAUGCAUUUAAUGGAGCACAUGGAGUAUUUUUAAUAAGUCCAACCAUUUCUUAUGAAGAUCCAGAUUUCCUUUUAAAAGAAAUCAAUGGUGUAAAGGAAAUAGUUGAUAUUGCAGUCGAGAGCAAAGUUAAACAUUUAAUUUUCAGUUCAUUGGAUCGUCCACCAAAAGAGGCUCAAGAAGAAUUUAAAGAUGUUUUAAUUUGGACACCACGCUCUGAAUUGGAAGAUUAUAUUAAAACACUGCCAAUUCAUAGUAGUUUUGUAUCAAUUGGUUAUUUUUAUUCAAAUUUCCUAGAGUAUUAUGCUCCAACUUUCGAGGAGGAUGGUGCAUUGGUAUUUUCAUUACCAGGUACACCAGGUGAUCAAUUACUUCCCUAUGCCGAUGCACUUGUAACACCUGGAUUGGCUGCAAGAGACUUGUUUAUCGAAUUUUUAGAAUCACCAAAAACAUCUGAUAAUGGUCAACAUUUACAAAUUGUUAGUGAAUACUUGUCUGGAAAUCAAAUGGCUGAAAUCUUUCAAAGAGUUACUGGUAAAAAGGCAAUCUAUCGUCAACAAAACAAAGAAGAUUAUCUUGCCUUUUUAUCUAGUAUUGGUUUAAAUCAAACUGGAAAAGUUUUAUUAUCAAUUUUCGAAUAUCCAAUCAAAUAUGGAUAUUUUCAUCAAACCGACGACACCAAAACAAAAAUAUAUAAACCAACAACACCAACUAUUGAAACCUAUGAACAAUUCCUUCAACAUUCUAAUUGGAAAGGUGAAUCUAUUAAAGAUUUUAAAUCUACAUUUUUAAAAUCUUAUAAAUAUUUAUAA